GCUUCUCGGUCGACUGCGGCACGUUUGGCAGGCAGCUGCUGCCGGAGCGUUGCAUAAGCUCACGAAGAGAUCGCUCGCUCGCUCACCCAUUUGCCUUUCCACUAUGGCAGCAGCGAAGAAAGUCUGCAUCGUCGGAUCUGGAAAUUGGGGAUCUGCCAUUGCCAAGAUAGUGGGUGCCAAUGCCGCUCGGAAUUCCAAAUUUGACAACACAGUAAAAAUGUGGGUGUUUGAGGAGUUGGUGAAUGGGCGCAAACUGUCUGAAAUAAUCAACACUGACCAUGAGAAUGUGAAGUACCUUCCUGGGCACAAGCUACCAUCAAAUGUGCUGGCAGUUCCGGACCUGUUGGAGGCAUCCUGUGAUGCAGACAUUCUGGUGUUUGUCAUCCCGCACCAGUUUAUUGGGAAAGCCUGUGACACCAUGAAGGGCAAGAUAAAGAGUGACACACUCGGCAUAUCUCUAAUCAAGGGAGUCGACGAGGGGCCUGAUGGGCUUAAACUAAUCUCUGAUGUGAUCCAGGAGAAGCUCGGUAUUACAAUGAGUGUGCUGAUGGGGGCCAACAUUGCCAACGAAGUAGCUGAUGAAAAGUUUUGUGAGACCACCAUCGGAUGCAAGAAUGAAACCCACGGGGCUCUUCUAAAGGAACUCAUGCAGACCAACAAUUUCCGUGUAACUGUCGUGCAGGAGGAUGAUGUGGUGGAAAUCUGUGGAGCUUUAAAGAACAUUGUUGCCGUCGGGGCAGGUUUCUGUGAUGGUCUGGGUUUUGGGGACAACACAAAAGCGGCAGUGAUCCGGUUGGGUCUGAUGGAGAUGAUCGCGUUUGCCCGCAUUUUCUGCACUGCCGGUCCCGUGUCCUCUGCAACUUUUCUGGAAAGCUGCGGCGUCGCUGAUCUCAUCACAACCUGCUACGGUGGCCGUAAUCGCAAGGUAGCCGAAGCCUUUGCGAAGACAGGAAAGUCCAUUGAGGAGCUGGAAAAAGAAAUGCUGAAUGGUCAGAAGCUGCAAGGACCGGCGACUGCGGCUGAGGUCUAUCUCAUCCUCAAGCACAAAAACUUGGUUGACAAGUUCCCACUGUUCAAUGCUGUCUAUCAGAUCUGCUACCAGGGCCAUCCAGUCACAGAGUUUAUCAGCUGCUUGCAAAACCAUCCAGAGCACAUGUAAAACGCAAACAAACUGACCAAGUGCCUUCUACAUGGAGAACGUUACCAAGUCAUCUGUUACUCAUCCAAAACGUGAGGUGACCAGUCACUCCACAGCUGUCAUGAAACACAGUGGCCCUCGCGUUCACUCCAUGGAGACACGUUGCAUAACAUUUGUUUUUAAGUCAACCACUUUGUCCUUAACCAUUGGUUAAAGUGCUUCUACAUUUCAUAAAUCAUGCUGAAGCUUGAAAGAUUUUUUUGUUUGUUUCCCCACGUUUAGGCUCGAUAGGUCUUCUUCCCUGUGGCUUGAAACAAAAAGACAAAUCCAGAUUCCCUUAAAUUCAUAGUUGACUCCCACUGCUAGGAGGUAGUCAACAAUGACUUGGCGGGAUUUAGUCUGUCUUUCCUUCACAUAAUAACGUUGUACAAUGUUUAUGGGGCAUCAAAGCUCACAUUCAGAUUUUGAUGGCCAGGCAAUGCAAUAUUUAUCAACUUAGUCGGCGGAACAACAAUGCCUUCCAGUGGACUCCUGUCGAUUACAUGUAAUUUCAUCAUAAUGUAGCCCUGCUUAAUGUCUUAGUAGCUUUUUGUGUCCCCAUUUCCCCUCUUGUACUUUAUAUCAACUACGCACAGAAACUGUUUUUAUUAAACACAAGUGCCUUACCAUGCACGGUUGCUACAAUAAGUCUUGGUUAGUGUAUCUAUUUGUACAAACAAAAUACUUGCUUUUGAAAUGUCCGUCCAUUUGUUAACAUGACUGCCUAACAGACUACGUUUUUAAAUGUAAUGUCAACAUUUGUCUGUGAAUAAAAAUAUUUUACCCAAGUUACAACUACAUACAGCACCAAAGUGGGAAAUGUGGUGGUCAAAAUACUUUCACUCAUAUUUCCUUAAAAAGGAAGGAAGGAAAGCUGGAAUUAUUUUGGGCAAAAAGAAAUGCAAAACCUGCUGUAAGUUUACAAUAUGAAUAUCUGAAAUUAUAUAUGUUUGAAUAAAACAAACAACUUCAUGAAACAUGUUCAUAAAGAACCAAAAGUAGUUUAUUACAUGAUAUUAAAGUAGCAUUGCUAGUAGUACAUGAUUGUGCAGAAAAGAGCAGCGCACCGUUGGUCAUUCAAGGACAUUCAACGCUGAUGUGUUGAUCCGCUUCAUCUUUUUAGAGCUAAAAUUUGGAACGGACCUCAGUAACUUUAAAGUGUGAAAAUGUAAACAAAAGGGAAUGCGAUCAGAGGGAAGCUACUUAAGACUUUCAAUACAAAUGCUGCAAAGAAACUAUCUGCAUUCUCCUUGGUCGUUUUAUCUUACACGAGCCAAUGUUCUUGGUCACAGGCAGAGUAGAGUAAAAAGAGUUCCAAUAAAUGUGAUCAAUAUAAUGCAAACAAUGCUUUGUGGUAUUACAAUCACAAAAUUUUGCUUGUGCACAGUACUUCCUGUGCUCCACUCUGCUGUGUUCAGUUACCAUCUUUUUGGUAGAGUAUGAGACUUAGCUAACAGUGACAGUUGGCUAGUUAAUGGAGGAUAUGGAGCCUGUUUAUCAGACUUG